AUGGAGCUGGGCGCCACAGUCUGCAAGCCCACCGCCCCCUCCUGCGGCGCGUGCCCCGUUGCAAGCGUCUGUUUGGCCGCGCGGCGCGUGGCGGACCACGUGGCGGCUGGGGGUGACCCCCAGGCCGAGGGGGCGCCGCGGGCGACGGACUUUCCCGAGAAGGUGGCCAAGGCGGCCAAGAGGGAGCAGCACGUAGCGGUGUGCGUGGUCAAAGUGUGGGUCAAGCAGCAGCAGCAGCAGCAGCAGCAGCAGCAGCAGCAGCAGCAGCAGCAGCAGCAGCAGCCAGCCGGCGAGGACUGCGCCGCAGCCGCGCCGCUCGCCAAGCGGCGGCGCGCGCAGGGGCAGGGCAGCAUUCUGUCGUUCCUGGCGGCGCCGCAGCAGGGGCCCGCGGCGGGCGGCAGCAGCAGCGGCGGCGCAGGGGAAUCUGGCGCGGGCGCGCCCGAGAGCGAGGAGGCGCUCGCCAGGGGCGGGGCAGCUGCCUGGUACCUUCUCGUGCAGCGGCCCGCGCAGGGCCUGCUGGCGGGGCUGUGGGAGUGCCCUGGCGUCGAGAUAGCAGACGACACCGCCAGCGGCGCCGGCACAGCGGCGGCCGCCGCGCGCCGCGCCCUCGCCGACGGCCUCCUGGCGCGCCUCGGCGUCGCCCUGCCGGGCGGCAGCAGCGGCGGCGGCGGCGGCCGCGGCGGCAAUGGCACCGCCGCCCGGCUUGUUGCGCGGCGCCAGCUGGGCAGCGUGGUUCACGUUUUCUCCCACAUCCGCCAGACGAGCCACGUGGAGCAGCUUGUGCUGUCAGCGCCCUCCCUGGAGGCCGCCUGCAAGGCGGCUGGGGUCGGCGCGGCGGGGGCGACCGCUGCGGCGGCCGUGGCGGCGGAUGGGGCGACGAGCAAGGGGACGGCUGGGCGGCGGCGCGGGGCCGCGGCGGGCGGCGGCGACGAGGACGGGGGCAGCGGCAGCGACGGCGACGGCGACGGCGACGGCGCGGAGGACGAUGGGGGCAGCGGCGGGCGCGGCGCGGCGGGGGCGGCGGCGGCGGUGGCUGCGCUGCGGUGGGUGUCUCAGAGGGACCUCCGCGGCGGGGCGGAGGGCCUCACGUCCGGCGUGCGCAAGGUGCUGGCGCUUGCACAUGCGUUGGACAGCGGCGCCGAUGAAAAGGCCAAGGGAGGGAAGAGGGCCGCCCCUAAGGAGGGCAAAUGA